AUGGGAUUAAGUGGAGGCCUUAUGAACUACGUAUAUGACUACGUUAAAGACAAAGGAAUCAUUACUUCCUUACCGAGAACGAGUAUCCUUGCAAAGGCUACUCGGAUACAUGCAAGCAAAAAGGCACUGGGUUUAAAAUCAGAUCCUACGUCAAUGUCACCAUUUAAGACCAAAAACCGCUUGCUCAGGAUGUUGCUAACAUUUCUGACUGCAAUUCAUUACUUUGUAGCUAAGGUCGGACCUAUCUCCUGCGUAAUAGAUGCCAACUACUUGUCAAGUUACAGUCACGGUAUCAUAGACAGCACUUGUGGCUGUGGAAGUGGAAGAGUUUUCUUGAACCAUGGUGUUUUGGUGGUUGGAUAUGGAGAAGAGAAAGGCAUCGAAUACUGGCUGGUUAAGAACUCCUGGGGUGCUGACUGGGGGGAUAAAGGAUACUUCAAGCUAAAGAAGGAUGAUAAGAAUACUUGUGGAAUUGCUACAGAUUCGUCAUACCUUCUUGUAUAA